CGAUUAUUGAUAUUUUGGUAGCGCGUGAAACGAAUGAAUGGGCCGUUGAUGAUUCUGACGAAAACUACAUAGAAAGCAACUGUAUAACUCCAUCUUUUAGAUCUGGAGGAGUCUACAUUAAUUGUUGCUAGGUUUCCUGCCGUUUCUUGAGAGAGAGAGGAGAUAGAAGCUAGUGCCUCAUCAUGACGUCCUUGGUGAGGAAACCCAAGUCUCUAGUGGCGACCUUUGAUGAAAUCGUCCAUUAUUCAUCCAUUCUGUCAAAAGGGUGUGAAGAAGAGUUUAUGGUCUUUGCGAAGCACCAGGAGCAGUGUCGACAGAGAUGGCUGGCCGUAGAGCAGGAUAGGAUGGGAGGCAAGGAGCAAGGCAUGAAGCUUGGUGCCGAGAGAGAUGCACUCCAGACAAAGCUCAAACAUGCAAGAAAUCAACUGGAAUCUGAGAUGUCAAGAAGAAGGAAGGCUGAAUCAUCACAAGAGGAAUUGGAGCGUCAGAUCGCCCUGAUCCGUGAACUCCUCACCAACGACAACAACAAGAUGAACACGCUGACCGAGAAGGAGCGAGAAUCUAUCCUGUUCCUCAGCCACAACGCUGGCACACCACAGCCAGGACAAGGCUCUCCCAACAAACGCCUCUCCUGCAUCAACGAGAAGUCUGCUGACCUCCUGUCGAACUCUGACCUUGACCUUGAUCACACGGAGGAGGAGCUAGACGUGUCCGUGUUGAGGGACGGCAAGAAAUGGCAUCGCAAAAAGAGGAAGCCAAGUGCACCACCUUUGGAGGAGGAAGAUGAGACACCGCCAAGGAAAAACAAAAGAUUGAGCCACGAUACAUCAAUUGUAACAACGGUGACGGUACCCCAUGAUCAUGGACCCAUCAUAGCUACGACAAAUGUAGAGAAAAAUGGUAGAUAUAGGAGAAGCAUGAGUCAGCCAGCCCUUCCUAUCAAAGAAGAGCAGUUCCUGUGGAUGUCCCCGAUCCAGCUGAGAACCCCAGGAAACAAGCGAGCCAGGAUCCACACCUUCUGCACCAAGACAGUCAUCAAACCAGAGUCAUGUGACCCGUGUGGAAAGAGAAUCAAGUUUGGAAAAUAUGCCCUGAAAUGUAAAGAUUGCAGAUUAGUCUGUCAUCCAGACUGCAAGGAUAGUGCUUCCUUGCCAUGCGUGCCCACUGCUGGAACGCCAAACAAGACCAGAACAGCAUCAGCUCUAGAUGAAUUCACUCCAGAAAAUCCACCCUACGUCCCAUCGUUAGUGAUGCAUUGCAUUAAUGAAAUAGAAAUGAGAGGGCUGACAGAAGAAGGUAUCUAUCGCAUCUCAGGCUCAGAGCGAGAGGUCAAGGAGCUCAGAGAAAGACUCAUACUCAAGAAUGACCCUCAUCUUGAGAAGGUACGAGACAUCCACUGUGUCUGUGGUGCGCUGAAGGAUUUCUUCCGCAACCUACCCGAACCUCUGGUCACGUUUGAGCUCCACCUGGCUUUCAUGAAAGCCGCAGAACUGUAUGAUAUUGAUGACAGUACGACAGCUAUGUACCAGGCUGUGAGUGAGCUUCCUCACGCUAACAGAGACACCAUGGCGUAUCUCAUCACACAUCUCCAAAGAGUAUCAGAGAGCCCCGAAUGUAAGAUGCCGGUGUCUAACUUAGCCAAGGUGUUUGGACCAACCAUCAUUGGAUAUGGCUGCUCAGAACCAGAUCCUAUGCAGAUGCUGAAUGAUACCAAGACACAACCAAGGGUUGUGGAGAGGCUGAUGGCACUCCCGUCUGACUUCUGGAAAGCCUUUAUCAACUUUGAGGCUGAACAAGAGAACUCCACUAUCUACGCCAACCGCCACAGGACUCCUGGAACUCCUGGCCAGCCAUCCCACAUGAGUAUGUUGGGACCUGUACGUACCCCGGGAAAAACACCCGCUAAGACGCCCUCUAACAGCAGCCUGGGAAAGGCUAAGACGUUCCUCGGCAAGUCAUCGCUCACUCCAAGCAUGAAGAAAACUACAGAAAAGAAGUCUUCUAGCAUCUCAUCAAGUGUGAAGAAAUCCUCUUCGUCUUCUUACAUGAGCUCCACUAAAACGAGCACUGCAAAAAAGACGGUUGAAGGGACUUCAAGGUUUGGCAGUAAGAGCGAUCGCAGCAGCAAGAAGGGCACUAAUUUCUUUGCCUCGCCAACACUCCGCUAGAUGAGAAGUGCCCUCUAGAUGUUGUCAGGAACGACGCUACCAUUGGUUUGUGUAUCAUUUUGAGACUGCUGUCCACGGAUAGGUGUUAUCAUAUGAUUUUGUCUGCAGCUGAAAAAACUGUGCUCCAGAUAAGGCAUCAUUACGUUACCAGGAUUGUAAAUCAAACUUGAUUUGUGAAAUUAUAUAUUUGUAUUUUGAAUGUUUGCUUUAUGAUAAAAGUCAAUUCUGGUAACGACGGAGAAGAAAAUCCUGCAUAAUCAGGGAAAAUUAAUAUGCAUCGUCAAGACUAAAACCAUGUCUUCCUAAUGUUUCUGGUAGACAGUGUAUUAUAGCGGAGUACUAAACAGAGAUUGAUGAAGAAAUCAAAUGAGUAGUCCCAUACACAUACUUUAUGUGUGAUGUCCUACAUGUACCUGCAGGUAUAAAUGAGAAUUUUUCUCAGUGGAUGGGAUUUCUUUCAAGGUUCUGUUAAAUUGCUUUUAUUAUUUUGGUCCAUAAACCAAUCUGUCUGCCUGAUAUGUACACUCUAGUCUAGAAUGACUUGAAAGGCAGUUUCUUGUUAAUUUGAAUUCCAGGGCCACAUUUCACAAAACUUUUCAUCAGUGACAAGUGACAGUUUUUGUUAUAAGCUACUGA